CUUUUUCUUCUCCUAAAGGCAGCGCUUCUUCCAUAGUGCAAGAUGCUGUAUCAAUCAGCAAAGUGGUUAAAUCAUACUCUGUCCUGCACUCUGCUUCUGCACAGCAGUCUAUGCUGGCCAAUUGGGUGAUGGAGCUGUGAUUGAUCAUGGAUCUUGUUAAAGCCAAUGUCUGCUGGUCAUUUCAUGGGAUCAACUGAGAUGGGCCCUGGAAGUCUGCUGUAGGAAGGUAAGCUAGGCAACUGGAAUAUAAAAUUAUGCUGGGUUUUGGACUUUGCUACAGUAUACUAUGCUACCCUAAAGAAGGAUACUUUUAAUUUAAGUGUGGGAUGUGAGUGUAAUAAUUAGGGGAAUAGCUUUUAUUUCCUUUGAUAUCUAAUUGAUAAUUCAGUCUCACUUUGUUCUUGUUAUCCAUUUGAAAGGAGUGCACUGAGUAAAGCUUGUGUCUGGUGAUCAUAGCUGAAGGCCUGCGGGUGUAAUAUGGUUGCAACACGUGACUGUAUUUUGAGUUUGUUAUAAAAUGAGUUGACUACAGUAAGAAUAAAGACUAUCUUAGUUUUUAUUUUAAAGUUUAAUCUAAUAUAACUAUUUUGAGUUUUCAGAAAUUAACUCUUCCAUAUGAUGUGCACUAUAAUGUUUUGAGACAGGUAUUGAUUUCCAUGUAGGGCCCACAGACAGCUGUAAUGUGCAUUUACCGAGUACAGACAAAAUCGUUCUUCCUUAUGUUACAGUUUAAUAUGCAGCUGUGAUUCUUAUCACUGCUAACUUGUUCACGUUAGUUAGGUUUUUACCUGAAGCUAAUAUCUUGAAUGGGCUGUACAAGAGAUGGCGUUCAUUUCAAAAUGACUUAUUCUGUUACUUAAAUUUUUCUGACAGAACUGCAAAGUUUUGGUUUUAUGUAUUCUCCUGAAGCUUUACAUCAGCCUUUCCCAGAUUUAAAAAUAGAAACUGCUUGUGUGCUGUCCUCCCCCUCCCCCAUCCAAACUUGGGGGCCAAGUCCAGCAAGUGUAUCUGAUCAGAUUCUUUGAAAGAGUUAGCUGUAAGCGUUCAAAAACAAAAUCACAGGAGAAGGAAUACAAAAGGUCAGAAGACUAGAGCAGCUAUCUGCUUAAUUCGUUCAGUCUUUGUACAAUAUAUUCUUUUUCAAAAGAGGGAACUCUGCAGCAUGGCUGGCAACUCUUCUGCGAAGGGCUGCCUAACCCUGGAAGGAAGGAAAAGAAGCCUUGAGAAUGCUGAAGGACCAGCAACAAAAAGGAAAAACAGCUGGGGAAUUCUCAUCAGCCAAGGCUCUUGGGCUGAUCGCUCUCCACUUCAUGAAGCAGCCAGUCAAGGACGUCUUCUUGGUCUCAAAACUCUUCUUUUACAAGGUUAUAGUCCAAAUACACUGACCAUUGACCAUGUUACUCCACUCCAUGAAGCAUGCUUAGGAGAUCACCUAGCCUGCGCUCGAGUCUUAAUUGAGGCAGGAGCAAAUGUGAAUGCUACGACUAUUGAUGGAAUGACUCCACUGUUCCAUGCCUGUUCCAGAGGUAGUGCAGCCUGUGUGGAACUGUUGCUAGAGAAUGGGGCCAAACCUUUUUUAGACCAGUGUCUUCCCUCACCUAUACAUGAAGCUUGCAGAAAAGGUCAUAGUGGGUGUCUGGAAGCUCUGAUUACCUGGGGUGCUGAUGUUGACCAAGACAUUCCAUAUUUGGGAACACCUUUAUAUGUAGCAGCUGCCUCUCAACACCUUCAGUGUGUUAAGAAGCUUCUUUAUGCUGGUGUGGACAUAGAAAAAGGGCGAUACUCUGACACUCCUCUUCAUAGUGCAGCUCAGCAGACCAAUGCUGAUAUUAUUAAAUUACUUCUUGACUUCGGUGCUAAUGCCAAUGCCAAAAAUGCUGAAAGUAAAAGGCCGAUAGACAUGGCAAUACAAGGUACUAUGAUAGAAAGGGUACUGCUAAUUCAUGAAGCUACACCAUGUUCUCUAUGUCAGCAGUGUCGGUUGUGCAUUAGGAAGUGCUUAGGGAGAUCUCGGUUACAUCUCAUUUCACUGCUUGAGCUGCCAGCAGUUCUCAAACAGUUCCUGCAAUACCGAUAGAAACAGGAACUAGAGCAAGAAACAGCAAUGAGAGCUAGAAACAGCCACAAGAGCUAGAAUCUGGUAGCUUUCUUUUCUCUCUAAAGGAGAGGCCCAAGCACAUGGAGUAAUGAAUUGUAAAAAAAAAAAAAAUCUCUGUAAAAACUUUUAGAAAUUGUUUUAUGAGUGUACAGAUUUUAACUAUACUAAAGUGUAUAAAGUAUUGUAUUAUAAACAGUGCUGUUAAUAGCUUUAAUAUACAGUCUUCCAAAGUACUUGUUAUAUUUCUAAUGUUUGCACUAGUUUUUAGCAGUUUUAGGGUUUUCAGAUGUAGAACAGAUCUCAUACAUAGCUGAGAUGGUUUGUUAACUAUUUCACGUAAAAGAAAAUCUUCUGUAUCUACAUAUUAAAAACACAGAAUUGUAAUUUAAUUGCCUAUAUAUAUGCAUAUACAUGUUUAUAUAAACACGCACACCCACACACACACACACACACACACACACACACA